AUGACCUCGAACUUGGCACAAUUUCCGGUCGGGAAACUAGAUAGCCGACCGGCCCAGGCGACAACCGUGUCCGGCUCGCCACAACAAAGUCGCCUGUUUUUCGUUACCGACCGUCAUACCGGGAUACGCUUCCUGGUCGACACAGGCGCACAGGUCAGCGUCAUACGCCCUCGCCCAGCUGACCUACAUCGUCUCUCUACCGUGGAGCUGGUCGCUGCGGGCCUGACCUUGUGA